CGCGACGCGACGACGACGACGACGACGCGACGACGACGACGGUGAUGUCGCUCUCGACGCGCGCGACGCCGACGCCGACGCGCGCGAACGCGAACGCGAACGCGAACGCGAACGCGCGACGAAAAAGCGACGCGCGAGGACGAGGACGAAGGCGCGACGUCGCGCGCGGCGCGGCGAGCGAUGAACCGAAAAAGCUGUGGGGCGGACGAUUCAGCGAGGCGCAGGACCCGCUGAUGGAGAAGUUUAACGAAUCGCUGUCGUUCGAUCGACGGAUGUGGCGAGAGGACGUGGAGGGUUCGGUCGGGUACGCGCGGGCGCUGGCGAGGGCGAGGGUGAUCACGAACGACGAGAGGGACGCGCUGAUCGAUGGAUUGGGCGAGGUGGGAAAGGAGUGGGAGCGCGGGGCGUUCGCGGCGAAGGCUGGGGACGAGGACAUACACACCGCGAAUGAACGGCGGUUGACGGAACUCAUCGGAGACGUCGCGGGGAAGUUGCACACCGGACGGUCGAGAAACGAUCAAGUGGCGACGGAUACGCGCAUGUGGUUGCGCGGGGAGUUGCUUAGGAUUCGAGCGCACCUGAGGACGUUGAUUGAGAUCGCGGUCGAUCGCGCCGAGCGCGAGGUGGACGUGGUCAUGCCCGGGUUUACGCACUUGCAGAGCGCGCAGACGGUGCGAUGGUCGCAUUGGUUGCUUUCGCACGCCGCGGCUUGGCAGCGAGACGAUCAGAGGUUGGGAGACAUGAUUAAACGCGUGAACGUCAUGCCUCUCGGUUCGGGGGCGUUGGCGGGGAACCCGUUCGGCAUCGAUCGUCAACUGUUGGCCAAGGAUUUGGGUUUCGACGGCGUGUGCCCGAAUUCCAUGGACGCCGUGAGCGAUCGCGAUUACAUCGCCGAGGCGAGCUUUUGGGCGUCGAUGACGGCCACGCACCUGUCUCGAUGGAGUGAAGAUUUGAUCGUGUACUGCUCGCAGCAGUUUGGUAUGGUGAAGUGUUCGGACGCGUACUCCACCGGCUCCUCCCUGAUGCCGCAAAAGAAGAACCCGGACGCGUUGGAGCUCUUGCGCGGCAAGAGCGGCACGCAAAUUGGUUCGCUCAUGGCAGUCUUAGCCACCAUCAAGGGCACGCCCACGACGUACAACAAAGAUCUUCAAGAGGUCUGGCACGCCAUGUACUACACCGUGGAUAAUAUGAGCGAUUCGUUACAAAUCGCCGCCGGCUGCUUGGCGACGCUCAAAAUUUACCCCGACGCUAUGGAACGCGGUUUGUGCGCGGAAAUGCUCGCCACCGAUCUCGCCGAGUAUCUCGUUCGCAAGGGUGUACCAUUUCGCGAGACUCAUCACAUCUCCGGCGCCGCCGUCAAGCUCAGCGAAGACCGCGGCGUACCGCUUUCCUCAUUAACCGUCGACGACUUGAAGCCCCUCUGCGCCGCCUUCGACGCCGACGUCGCCGAGGUUUGGUCGUACGAGAAAUCCGCCGAGUCCCGCGACACCGAGGGCGGCACCUCGCGUCGCAGCGUUCUCGAGCAGUGCGCCAAGCUUCGCGCGUACCUCGCCGCCAACUAA